AUGCGUGAAGUCAAUUUUAGCAUCCCGAAUGUGAACAAGGCCUCGGUCAACAUCACCACCACCCUCUAUGACCGGCGGGCCCUUGAUUGCACAUCGACUCUUCCACUCAUCAACUCGCUCAACCACCUAGCAUACCUCACGACCUCUUCAGCCCGCAUCAGAGAUAUUCUCACCGUCGAUGGCGGCAUCGAACGACUGGUGUGUAUCCUGAAGGAGGGCCGGAGCAAGGAUUUGAUGGAAAUGUGGAAAUGGAGCCUUGCCUUUCAAUGCGUGGUCAACAUCGGAGUACGCGGAUCGGAAAGUGUACGGACAAGAGUUGUGGAGGCUGAUAUGGUCCCUGUGAUCGCUACCAUUCUGGACAAUUACAUCAAGGUUGUGGACAAGGUCCGGUCGCGCGCCGAGCCCGACUCACACAAGCACACUUCGGGUCGACAUGCUGCCAAGACGACUUCCUCCGGUCGAGACGCCUCCGAUCGCAUCGCACCACCAGAUUCCAACAAUCACACCGAAACCCGCCCUCCCUCUCGUCGACAGGCUCCUCCGAGCAUCGAAAUUCCCCAGCCGUUUUACCAAGACACUCAACCGACCGACUCAGAUGCCAUGGACAUCACCUCCCCGCCUCGUGCCCCAAUGACCUCUCCCCCCGAAAGAAGUACCUUUCGCCAUGAUGUCCACAACCACCGCGCUCACGAUGUGCGUUUGUCCCGAACAAGUCAUCGGCUACGGGCCAUGCAACCUCUUGCCACGGCUAUGCCGUCGAUCGAUACCAACGAGACCUUUGGUCUGCGGCCCGUUCGCGAUACUGAAAGGUUGCCCAGCAUGCCACCUGGGCUGCAAACCGGGCUCAUCUCACAACCUGACUCGCCGACCACACCCAGUGUAAAUGUGCACUCCCAAUCUCGAACCCCUCCACAACCAGUACCUGCUCCCCCGCAUCCUAUCAUCCGACAGCAGCCAUCGGCUUCAGGCGAGUCAGAUGAUGCAAAUGGCGAGGAUUCCGCCAUGGGAGAUGAUGUUGUUCUGGGAGAAAAUCCGGGCCCUAUCGUGGCACUCCCAAAUAGAAUGGAGAUCGACGGCGUGGAUGAGCAGCAGACGACCAUGAUUGAUGAUGUGUCCCCAGCACAUGGUCUUUCGGUCACUGAUCCCUCCGAAGAGGGCCAGGACGCCGAAACUUUCAAUAUUGCUCAUCGUUCCGCGGUUGAUGGCAGCAUCAACAACGCGGCGGCUCCGCCAAAUGGCGGUCUAGGUCUUUCGCCGACUCAGGCCACGAAUAACCAGAAUUCCCCUACCCUUGCCCCAAGCCCCUAUGCCAUGUAUCUCCGUGAUCGAAACGCGCCUGCUACGCAGAGUGUUCUCACCACAAUGCCCCGGGAUGAGGAUGUUCUCAUGUCGUUGCAGCUGCUGGCCUAUGUGUCCAAGUACUGCAACCUGCGGACGUACUUUCAACGUUCUCAUCUCGUCCCCAGGCUCAAAAUUGACCGCGAACUGCACCUUUUGGACGAAGGUGCUGAUCCGACCUCUCCUGUGGAAUUUGAGGAGGAGGACGAAUAUCUCCUCCCCGACGAUGUCAACAUCUUUCCUUUGGUUGAAAAGUUCACUGUGAGACAUCACUCGAAAGACAUGCAGUAUUGGGCCUGCGUGGUGAUGCGAAAUCUUUGUCGCAAGGACGAGUCACGCGGCGGUAUUCGUCAGUGUGCAUACUACAAAUGUGGCAAGUGGGAAGAAUUCCAACGCCAAUUUGCCAAGUGCCGUCGCUGCCGCCGCACCAAGUACUGUAGCAAAGACUGCCAAAAAGCGGCUUGGGUCUAUCACCGCCACUGGUGCCACACAACCCCUUGA